UCUGACAAAGAAAAGCAGAAACUCCUCACAUGCAAGAUGCUGGAACCAAAUGUUUGGCAUUAUUGCUUUAAAAAAUGACAAAAAUUAAACUAUAAAAAUGUGAGAAUAAUGUAUAAUAACACCACUGUGUACCCACAACAGAAAAAGGGGAAAAUAACAUUUCUAUUUUCAUAUUUUCCUAUGAAUAUUCUCAUUAUAACGAAUAGCAGAAACUCUGUCCUCAGUCCAAUUAUACCUCCACAGCACUGAGCUGGAGCUGCAGACAAAACAUGGCAGACAACAGUCAGGGUGUUACAAGGCUUACAGGCUUGUUGCCAUGACAACAGAGGACCCCCUCCACCCCCCUUCUCUCUCUCUCUCUCUCUUUCGGGCACACACACACACACACACACAGACACACACAGAUAUAUACAGUAUUACAGUGGAAUCCGCCUUGCUCUGAGAUCCGUGCUCUGCUAUUGGAAGCAGGAAAAAUAAAGGAAAUACAGCACGGAGCGUAGGGAUACUCCACAUCUCCACAUCUGUUUUGGAUGCUCCAAAUGAGUGUACCUGCAGCAACGGCACAGAAAUCAGACGGCAACAACAGUGAAAUGCAAUCAGCUGCAGUGGCUCCCUCCUUCAUCCCCAGCCAGUCGGGGAAGAUACCGGGCAGGAAGAGAGGGAGACCCCCGCUCCGCAAUGUCGCCAAGAUGGAUUUUCCUAACCGUUACCCGGAAUCGCUCCCUCCACUCAAAGUGCCAAAGAAGAGGGGGAGAAAGCCGGGCUUCAAGCUCAAACCCAGGAUGGUGAUGACACCGUUGGCUAUUUCUCCACCCAGCAGCACCCCUGAGCCUGAUAUGAGCUCCAUUCCUCAGGAUGCUGCCACCAUCCCCCACUCUGCCACGCCCCAGGUGCUCACAGUCUGUAUCUACAUCAACAAGCAGGCCAACACAGGCCCCAACCUGGACAGGAAGAAGAUCCAGCAGCUCCCUGAUCACUUUGGACCCGACAGGCCCUCCGUGGUGUUGCAGCAGGCCGUCCAAGGCUGCAUCGACAGCGCCUUCCAACAGAAAACGGUGUUCACUCUUCUCACACAAGGCUACGGGGGAGAAAAAAUAUCAGGUGUUGUACAGAGACCCCCCUCAGCCACAUUUGAUGGGAAGCAGCACCUUCUGAGCCUCCCCGUGGUGAACAGCAUCGACUAUGUGCUUCGUUUCCUGAAGAAACUCUGUCGCAGCUUGCACUGUGAAAACCUCUUCAGUGAUCAGCCCAUUACCCAGCACAGUGGUGGCUCCUACCAGUCAGAUGCUGAAACGUCCAUGGCUGAGGACUACCAUUUAGACCAGUCGGACGGCAAGCGCUACUCCGUGGACCCUGGUGACUCUGCUUUCAGCUCCAUAAGCUCGUCCUACUCGCCAAAGCCCUCCUACGGGUUUCGCUCGUCACAGCAGUUCCCCAACGGCUCGGCCUCCAUGAGCAUGUGCAGGCAGUCGUCCACCAGCCCAAACACGUUUCCAGAGAGCAACAGGACAGGAGGUUAUAAUGUGUCUCCAGAGUCCCAGGAGUCCAAAGCUCCACCCAAUAAGGACCCAUCCACCUGGUCUGUGGAAGACGUUGUCUGGUUCAUCAGGGAUGCAGACCCCCAGGCUCUUGGCCCACAUGCGGACGUCUUUAGAAAACAUGAGAUCGAUGGAAAUGCCUUGUUACUCCUAAAGAGCGACAUGAUCAUGAAGUACCUGGGACUGAAGCUGGGACCAGCCUUGAAGCUUUGCUACCACAUCGACAAACUAAAGCAGACUAAGUUCUGAAAACCUUCCACGAUUAUGUCUCCCCCCUUCUUGAAUCCAAGAGUACAUCUGAGUAGGAUUACGUCUGGGGAGCCCAGGUGUUGGGUCUCCGGGCGUGAGGUGAGCCACUUUCUUUGGGGUCCUCAGAAGCAGGUGUCACUUCCUUUUCUGCCACAAACGUGUAAAAGCAAAAAGGCUGCUAUUUUUACAGUUAAUGUAAAAUCCAAGAAAGCCCAAGAAGACCGUCUUUUAUGAAGACGAUUGUAAACUAACAAAAUUAUGAAUAAUAGGAGCAGAGUAAGAACAGGAUUGAACUUAACGCUGAUAUCAGUGGUGAUACGAUAGGGCUAAUAUGAAUGUUGUU